AUGGCCAUUCCUGAACUUGCUGCACUUUUAACAAUUCUUCCAGCUGGUUUAGUGGCUUUUUAUUUAUGGCUACUUCAAUCUCGUAAAGGUAGUUUACCUAUAACUACUGCUGACUGUGCUUAUGACAAAAGUAAAUAUGGAGAUAUCCUUAAUUGGGAUAAAUUCUGUCUUUAUAUUCAUGGUAAACCAACAUUAAUUAUAAGUGGUGAAUUUCAUUAUUGGCGUCUUCCUGAUAAAUCUCGUUGGGAGAGUAUCUUAAAAAAGUAUCGUGCUGGAGGUUUUAAUUGUAUUCGUAUUUAUUUUCAUUGGGGUUAUCAUAGUCCGGAUAAUGGAAUUUAUAAUUUUGAAGAUAACAGAGACAUUAAUUAUUUAUUAAAUUUAUGUGAAAGUUUAAAUCUUUAUGUUCUUGCUGCUCCUGGACCUUAUAUUUGUGCUGAAACUCAAGCUGGUGGUAUUCCUUUUUGGGUAGUUGAAAAAGUAAAGAGAGUACGUCAUAUAUCAUUUACAGGUUUUAAGAAAUAUGAUCCUGAAUUCUCUGAUUAUCAAAAACAAUGGUUUGAAAAUAUUCUACCUAUUAUCGCUAAACAUCAAAUAACUGAAAAAUCGAGUGGUUGUGUUAUAGCUGUUCAAAUUGAAAAUGAAUUAAUUGAAAAAAUUAUAAGCCUUCCAUUUGGUUUACACGAUGAGAUGAGGUUUUUAUGUAAAGUGGCUAGAGAUUGUGGAAUUAAUGUGCCAUUAUUUACGAAUGAUCCAAUGGAAUUAGGUUCUUUUAUUAGUAAACCAUCUUCUAAUUUCUUUAAUCGUCGAAGUUUUGGUUUGGAUCUUUACGGUUUUGACAAAUAUUUAGUAUUUGUCCCUGCUAGUAAUCCAACUCCAUGGGCUCUUAAAAUAGAACAAGAUCCAAAAAAAUGGAAACCUUGGAAAGUGAAAGAUACUCCAAUAUUUAUUCCGGAACUCCAAGGUGGUUGGUUCACUACCUAUAAAUUACAACAUACUUUCGAUGAUGUUUAUAAUUUUUAUGGUGAUGCUUUUACACGUACUAUCUAUGAAUCCGUGCUAGCUCAGGGUUGUACUAUGUCAUCAAUCUAUAUGGUAUAUGGUGGAACAAAUUGGGGAACUCUUGGCGAUAUUGAUGGUUAUACUUCUUACGAUUAUUCUGCUUGUAUACGUGAAUACGGUUACAUGUCUUCUCGUAUCCGUGAAUUACGUUUAGGAAUUCAUUUUAUAAGAAGUUUUUCUGAUGUAUUCACUAAAACUGAACGUGUUAAAAAUCCAAAUGUCACCACUUCUAUAAAGAAUGUAUUCAAUCUUCAAAGGAAAUCUGUGAUGAAAAACGUAAAACGUGGUGAAGAAGUUUUAUUUUCAUUUUUUCGAAAUUUUAAUGAUCAAAAAAUUCCUAUAUUUCAAGUUUAUGUCACUUAUAAAGAAGGUCAAAGACGUGAACAAAAAUUUUAUAUGAGUUGUUUAUUACCUUAUAAAACUUCUUUUAUAGCUUUAGGUAAUUAUACUACUAUAACCGGUCUUAAAUUAAUUUUUUCUACUUUACCUAUUCAUUUAAGAAUAAUUCAAAAUAAUUUAAAUGAGAUUUGGUUAAUUCCUGUAAAUGAUGUUGGUGAAUUGGCUUUUCAAGGUGAAGUUACUGUUGAUGGAAAUCUUGCAUCUUCUAUAAGAAAAGUUGGUCAUGCUAUUCAUAUCGUUUCUUUCGAUGCUGUUUGUGGAUUCGCAAGAAUUAGAAGUGUUGAUUCUAAAGGAGAUUUAUAUAUUUUAGCUUUACAUAAUGAAUCUUUAAGCACACUUCACGCUACUUUUGAAGAUCCUUAUUGGUUAAAAUCUAAUAAUCUUUUUCCUUAUUCUCCUUUAAUUGUUACUUGGGGUACUCAAAAUGUUUAUUUUGAUCAUUCAAAUUCCAUUUUGGAAACUCAUUAUGGUGAUCAAGAACAUGAAAUUUCAAUUUUAUCAUCUCGUGAACCUGCUGAUCAUGUUCGUUUUCAAUCUCAUCCAACUUAUCCUUUACCUUUUGUUCAUAAAAAACAAUUCACUGCUGGUGAAAAAACUUCAGAAGUACACUUGGUACCUAAAUUAGUAAGAUGGUGUUAUUUUACUACGGAUUUUAAUGAUUUAGAUUGGAGGUCAAUUGAACUUAAAAAUGGUGGACCAGUUGAAAAUUUUUACGCAUCAGGUCAUAUAUUAUAUAGUACAAAAUUUCCAAGUAAAUAUUCUUCUACUAAAGUACAAUUGUCCGUUAAUAUGAGACAUAGAUGUACUAUAUUUGUUAAUGGACAAUUCGCUGGUGGUCAUACUACAUUUUCAAGACAACUUUUCUUUCCUGGAUCAAAGAAUGGACCUGAAUUAUUUAAAAAUUUCGGGGAAGAAAAAUAUAAUAUAACACAAUUUCUUCAUUCAAAUGGUAAUGAAGAAAAAAAUUCCGUGGUAAUCUUGGUAGAAAGUUGGGGAUUAAGUCGACAAUCUGUUGUAUUUAACGAUGUAACAAAUCCUCGAGGUUUAAUUUCUGCAAAUAUUGAUGGAUUAAUUAAAGAAACAAAAUUAUCUUGGAGUAUUUGUGGUGUUGAUUUACGUAAAUUAGAUAAUUCUUAUAAUACUACUGGAAUACCUAAUGAACGUAAAAAUUUAGAUUGGAAAGAAAGUGAAAAAGGAAUUUGUGCUCAUGGUGUUUUACCUAAUGAUGGAAUAAAAUGGUGGAGUUUUAGAUUUUCUCAUCCUAUAGAAAGUAAAUUUAAGGAUAUAUUGAAUGCACCAUUAAGAUUGGUACUUUAUGGUGCAUUUACUUCAUAUAUAUUUUUAAAUGAUACAUUAAUUGGAAGGUAUUAUGGUAAUGGUGAUUGUGCUCAACAUGAUUAUUAUUUAAUGGAUGGUUUAUUAAAAUUUGGCGACGAUGAAAAUCAAAUUACUAUGAUGGUAUAUUCUUGGGAAACUGUUAAUACUGAAGAAAUUGUUGUUGAAAUUAGAGGUUGGGAAAUUGAUGAUGUUAAAAAAACUGGAAAUUUAAUCAAACCUAAAAAGGGUGUUGAUGAAGAUAAUGAAUUGGAAGUUAAACCUUGGAUUGUUAGAAAAGAAUUCAUUCCCUUAGCAUGA